GGCUGUAUUCGUGCAGUGGGGGCGCGAGGCGCAGGUGAGCCAACGAGCGCGCACUCUGUACCUGUAAACAAAGACAAAGCGCACAAACAUGGAAACGAGAGCCAGGAUACAGGAGACUCUGCGGUGACAGCAGGACUUCAGAGCGGGUAACGUUACUUGAGGAGACAUUUUAUAAUUCGACUCAAGAGGACAGAGUCUGUGUGUCGGUGCUUUGGCUUCAUUCAGAGACUCUUCUGUCAUGUUGCUGGAGAUCAGUGUUUGAUCCAACAUCCUGAUACACACAGCGUUGCCAGACACACUGCGCAGAGCUUACACAUGUAAUAAGACAAAGUGUGAUGGUGGAUGUGAACUGCAGGAGCUGUUCUUUGAAACAUUAACCAACAAACCCAGUGACCACAGGACAGGGGAAGCCAGCAUCCUCCACUAUGGCGAGCCAGGACCCUGUCAACCCUUCACACGCUACGUUCGAUCUCUUCGUCCAAGCCCAGACUUGUAAGGAUGUGAAGCAUCACUUUGCUGUGCUCUGCAAGCAACUGGACAUCAGUCCGAAGGAUUACAGGAGCUUCUACUCUAAGUUAAAGGAAAGACUGAACUACUGGAAGGCCAAAGCUCUGUGGACCAAGCUGGACAAAAGGGCGUCUCACCAAGAUUACAAGCAAGGAAAAGUCUGCACCAAAAACAAGUGUCUUGUGUUGGGUGCUGGGCCAUGUGGGCUGAGGACGGCCAUUGAGCUGGCCUUACUGGGGGCACAGGUGGUGGUGUUGGAGAAGAGAGAGUCUUUCUCCAGGAACAACGUUCUCCACCUGUGGCCCUACACCAUUUAUGACCUCCGUGGGCUCGGAGCCAAGAAGUUCUACGGCAAAUUCUGCACUGGGUCUCUGGAUCACAUCAGCAUCCGUCAGCUGCAGUUGAUUCUAUUGAAAGUGUCACUUCUCCUCGGGGUGGAGGUGCACAACGGAGUGGAGUUUCAGGGCUUGAUUGAGCCCUCGGGAGAAAACGGUUGGAUGGCAAAGCUGCAGCCUGCGUCUCACCCUGCUGCAUCCUACCAGUUUGACGUCUUCAUCUCUGCUGGAGGAGGCAGGUUUGUCCCUGAUGGUUUUAAACACAAGGAGCUGAGAGGGAAGCUGGCCAUCGGCAUCACGGCCAACUUCAUCAACAGACACACGGCUGAAGAGGCCCAGGUAGCAGAGAUCAGUGGCGUGGCCCGCAUCUACAACCAGAAGUUCUUCCAAGAGCUGCUCAAUGAGACGGGUAUUGAUCUGGAGAAUAUUGUCUACUACAAAGACGACACCCACUACUUUGUCAUGACUGCCAAGAAGAAGAGCUUGCUGAAGAAGGGGGUCAUUAAACAGGACUACAGCGAUGCGGACGAGCUGCUGGCUUCUGCAAACGUGGAUCAUGAGGCUUUGAGAAGCUACGCCCAUGAUGCUGCCAGUUUCUCCACAGGUGGCAAACUGCCCGACCUGCAGUUCGCUGAGAACCAUGCCGGCCAGCCAGACGUGGCCAUGUUUGAUUUUACCUGCAUGCACCGUGCUGAGAAUGCCUCUCUGGUCAGGGAGAGGAGGGGCAAGAAAUUGUUGAUGGCUCUUGUUGGAGAUUGCCUGGUGGAGCCUUUCUGGCCUCUGGGUACAGGUAUUGCCCGUGGGUUUCUAGCUUCUUUUGACACAGCGUGGAUGGUGAGGAGCUGGGGCAUGGGGGUCCCACAUCUCAAGGUCCUGGCUGAGCGAGAGAGUGUCUACCAAGUCCUGUCCCAGACGACGCCAGAAAACACCAGCAAAAACUAUGCUGAGUACAGCAUCGACCCCAAAACGCGGUACACACGUGUCAACCUCUCCGCCAUCAAACCCAACCAGGUGCAGCACCUGUAUGAUGUCGAUAAACUCAGCCCAUCAAGCAAGAAACUGAAGAACAGGUUGUCUCACAUGCGUCAAGAUUCAGUCAGUGGUUCAGAAGAGUUGUUGAAAUGGUGCCAGAAACACACGGCAGGUUAUGAGAAUGUGAAUGUGAAGGAUUUUACGCAGUCCUGGAGGUCGGGACUCGCCCUGUGUGCUCUGAUCCACCACUUCCGACCUCAUCUCAUUGACAUGUCCUCCCUGGAUGAGUCCAACACUGUUCACAACAACCAGCUGGCCUUCAGUAUUUUGGAGAAGGAGCUGGGCGUCCCACCGGUCAUGUCUGCCAGUGACUUGGCCAAAAGUGGUCAGAUAGACAAGUUGUCCAUGGUUCUGUACCUCACACAGGUCCAAAGUGCCUUCACUGUGCCAGCAAAAGACCCUGCAGCCUUCCUGCCGUCGUCCAAGCCUCUGACUCUCUCCCAGACACAGUCAGCUGUCUUUUUCCUGAACAAGCUGAAGCACAACUCUCUGCAAAGACGCAAGGAAAAGCUGGCAGCUGAGAAAAGAGAAAGAGAGACAAGGAUGGAAGAUGAGGCCAGUACGGCGGUGCCUCCUGUGUCCCCUCAGCUCAGUCCUACACCUGCUCCUGCUCCUGAACCUGAGCCUGAACCGAUGACAAACAGUGAGGAGUGUUACUUCUGUGGUCAGAGGGUCUAUGUGCUGGAGCGCAUCAGUGCCGAGGGCAAGUUCUUCCAUCGGAGCUGCUUCACCUGCCAUCAGUGCGGCAUCACACUCAGACUGGGAGGAUACACCUUCCACCAGACUACAGGGAGGUUUUUCUGUGAGCUGCACUCUGAAGAACUGGAGCUGGAAAACGGGGCUGAAACAUCUUGUAAGGAUAGCGAAGGAACCCACAAAGGGACAAAUGAAGAGAACAGGCUUUCCAGUGAUGAUUACACACCAUCUCCAUCAGAUGAGGAGUAUGACCACACUCUGGACUGUGGUCCCUCUGCUCACUCGCAGUCACAUAAACCUGAAGGACAGGACCACCAUAUACUUGAAUCCAAAGAAGAGUCGGAAGAACCGCAUAAAUCAAAAUCUCCCACACAUCCUCCAUCUAAAACUGAGGAGGAGACAGUGCCCUACCCUGUCCCCAAGCCCCGCCUCUCUCAGCAGACCACACCCAGCCCUCAGCCCUCCCCUCCAGUACCAAAACCUCGCACAGUCCACCUUUUUAACCCCUCCACUCCAGAAAAACAUCCAUCUCCAACCCCUACAAAGGAGAUCUCCAAGGCAGCACCUGACUCCCGUCCCAAGCAGUCACUCCGAAAGCUUCAGCUGACCGAUGAGGAGAAAAGCCAACUCGUGAACCUUCAGAGCCUCAGCGCCGACUCGGACUCAGAAACUCAUGGUGGAUCCUCCUCCUGCUCCUCUUCCUCCGCAACUGCAGGAGGUCCAAGCCCUCCCAAGCCAGAAGGCCUGGAUGGGCAGGAAGAGGAGGGCUACUGGAGCGGGAGCACAGCUAGUCACGUUCGGGAGAAGAGGAAUCGACGCUGCUUCAGGAGAAAAGAGAUGCCAAGUGGGCAGACCAGGGUACGGUCCAAGUUUUCUCCCUGGAAUCUGUCCUCGCCGAGGAUCAGCAGAGACACCCGGCUCAGUGUCCUCAUUAAUCAUCCAGGGAGAGUGGAGACAACAUUCAGACACGCUCACAGCACCUCAGAGGAGGGUGUCGAUGGAGAUGAUGACGACGAUGACGACGAUGAUGAGAUGUUUGGGCGAGAUGAUGUUGACUUGUUUGAUGAGAAAUUUCAGACGAUGCCAUCAGACCCUGUCGAGGCUGAGAAGAUGGAGUUGAUAAAGAUGAGGACGCUGGAGCGGCGAGCCAAGAUGAGUGAAUUACAGCGCUUGCGCAAAGCCCAGUCCAUCCAGAGGAGACUGGAGGAGAUCGAGGUGACCUUCAAGGAGUUGGAGGAUAAAGGUGUUUUGCUGGAGCGAACUCUGCGAGGAGAGGCUGGCAGCAGCGGCUCCCCUGAAAUGAUAGAGCACUGGAUCCAACUCGUCCACGAGAAGAACGCGUUGGUGUCUGAGGAGUCUGACCUCAUGGUGGCGUCCCGACAGCUGGAGCUCGAAGACAAGCAGAGCAUGCUGGAGUUGGAGCUCAGGAAAUACAUGGAGUUGACUGAUAAGACACCAGAGCAGCAGAAAGAAGAAGAUCGUGUCCUUCAGCAGAUGAUUGACGUGGUGGACAUGAGGGACUCCCUGGUGUCGUUCCUGGAGGAGAAGAGGCUGAAGGAGAUAAGCGAGGAGCAGGAGGCCUUCUCCAUCAUGGAGGCCAAACGGCACUCAAAGGCAGGAGCUCAGGUUCACUGGGCGUAAGGCUGCAUGAACCUGUACCUGUACGUACUGUGCAGUAGAUGCACUCACAUCUACUGUGUGUGAGACUUGCUGCUUUCAGACUUGAGACUUAACUUUUGCAAAGCCAAAGAUGAUACAGAAUUGUUGCAGAGGGAAACCCACCACCAGCGGUCCCUCUGGGAGGAAGAGUGAAGGCUUAUGGGCCAGAGGCUGAGUGAGCAUCAAUUGCAAUCCACCCCCUAGAGGGAGACAUAAGCCUGGGGAUCUGAGGCUUUGAGUUUACGUGUCCAAUAACUCUCCGGCUAAGCCCUGCCUGUAGUGAUAGUGGGGUCACAGCAACAGACCACAAAUGAAAAAGGAUCCCAAGUGUGUGCUGCACUAUUGAGCAACAACCACACAGCAAAUAAUCAUUGCCCAGCCUGGGACUUGACCUGGUUUUAGUGUCCGAAACAUGUGACUCAAGUGCAAAGCCAAGACUACGCAGCAUGAAACGACAGCGGUGUGGAGCCUGCAGCAGCUCUGGAGCUUUAGAGAUAGAUCUAGGUUGAAAGCACAGGAUGGAUGUUUUUGAAAAUACUUUGAUGUUCUCGUUUAUUUUACUUGUGACAUCAUGAAUAAGUGCUACUGUACACAAUGACAUAUAUACAUAUCAUAAUUCUAUGUUUAAUAUUUGUACACUGAAUUCUAGAAAUAUGACGGUGGAGAAAAAACUAAGGUAGUUAGAAUAUUAGAACUAUUAAAUUCCGUUAUUAGAUUUAAUUUUAUUAUCCAGUUGCUUUUUCCUUUAUGAAUAUUUUGGAUUUUGUAGCAUUUCCUCCUGUUCACCAUGACCUCUUCCCGUUGGCACGUUGGAUAGUUAAUCUCAGGGGUCGACCGUUCAGUCCUCUUGGGUCAGAGUUGGGGGUUUUCACCGAUGGCCUUCAACAAGUUGGCUGCUCUUUAUAGUGGUGGUGUAUUAUACAAACACACGGGGAUCUGGAGUUAAAUGAGAAACAGACUUUAUCAGACUGCUUCAUCUAUUUAUAAUUACCAUCUUUAAUCAUUUGCAGGUGUUCCUAUUCAUGUGCUGGCAGAAUUGCCGAAAUCCAGACAAAGAGCAGUUUGUUGUUCGUGAAAAGGAGCCUUAUACAUUCAUUGUUCUGCUGCCAUUUUGUGCCACCUGGACGGCACUUCACAGUAUAUCAAAUAAAGAUCACGCACUUUGA